CAGCCAUCAGCCACUCGCAACUCGGUGCCCAGCACCGUCCCUCCUCUCGUUCUCCACGCGCCCCUCUCCGCCGUCUCGCUCGCUCACUCUCCCCCCCGCCCUCUGACCGGCCUCGCAGUCCGCUCUCUACCCGGCUCAGCCCCUAACCCCACACGGCACACUGUGGGGAACCGUACGGCCAGAAUCGUCACCCACUCCACCUUCCCAACUCCGUCGAUCGCCCACUUCUCUUCCGAUCGCGUGAGCGCAUCCAACUCCAGUCCGAAUAUCGACAUCAUCCAUCGCGCCUUUUGAUCCGACAUUGGCUUCCGCACUGGGUCUCUCCCCUUCCUCCUCCUCUUCCUCGCCGCCCCUCCCUUGCCACCUCCCACCAGCAUGCAGGGCUACCCUCCGCGAGCCUUUGACGAGGGCGACACCGACAGCACCUACCCCUCCCCUGGCAAAGAGGAGAAGAAGUCGGAGCGCCGGGGUGUCAUCAAUCGUGUCAACCGAGCAUGCAACAACUGCCGCCGGAUGAAGAUGCGCUGCGUCGGCGCCGAGGAUCCACCGUGCAAGCGGUGCCGCAACGGCGGACUCGAGUGCAUCAUGGAGAAGCCUGGCCGGAGUGGGAAUGAGAAUGUCGGGGAAGAUCGCAUCCGGUCGCUCGAGACCCAAGUUGCCGGUAUCCAGAACACCCUUUCCGAUCUGGUGCAGACGCUGCGCGCAGGCAUGUCGAGCGGCGCCUCGAACGGCUCGGGCCACACUCCAGACUAUGGGCAAGGGUACGCCCCAAUGUCUGCCAUACAGGGCGCGUCGCCGCGCACUCUGCACCAGCUUCCGGGACUGGCGUCGCAGCCACGACACUCGCCCCAGGCUGUCGGUGUGACUCCUCCCAAUAAUCUGCAAGCACUGCUGGGAAGAGGCAGCCAGGGCACGAUCAACCCCUACGUCUCGGCGGGGUCGCCGUACCCACAACCAAUACACAGGCAAGAGCGCAAGCCAUGGCAGGCUUUCUCAACACCAGGCGCCGACUCGGAAGCGUCGCGCCGGCACAUGUCGUUGCCACCAUCGCGCGCAGGAUCCGAGGACCGAGACGACAUGCUCGGCCCAGACGACAUUGUCGCACCCCUCGGCGCUAUGAGCAACAUGGCCGGGUUGGUGGAGGCAGCGGUGGAGCGUGCGCGCGAGGAGAAGGCGCGUGGCGACCCUGGGUCUUCAUCCGCUGGCAAGCGCGAUGCUGACGAGGAGCGCGGCGGAGUGCAGAAGAAGUCGCGCGUCAGCUUCUCAUCUGAUGGACCCGCCGUCGUCGAGGCCCAAGGGCUACCGCAGACGCUUGCGGCCGCAAAGCCCAAGUCGCGCGUCAAGAAGACGCACGUGCACGCAUACCCCGAUGCCGUCGAGCUCGGCAUCGUCACAGAAGAGGAAGGGCGUGAGCUCAUGAGCAUCUACUACUCGGGCAGCUCCAACUUCAUCCCAUGCUACGACCCAUCGUUCGAUACCUGGGACAGCCUCAAGAUCCGGUCACCGUUCAGCAUCACGACAAUCGUCAUGGUCGGGGCUCGCGUGCGCGACGGCGGCGGGCCCGUCAGCGACGUGCAGCGCUUGUGCCGCGAGCACGUGCAGAAGAUCGCACAGGGAACAAUGUUCAACCCCGUCGCGCGUGUCGAGGCCGUGCAAGCGAUGAGCAUUCUUGCGGCGUUCAGCGACAACGGCUGGUUGCCGGGCGGACACGCAGUACGCAUGGCACUCGACAUCGGCAUCAACAAGAGCUUCAUCAAGCUCUUGCGCUCGGGUAUGGGCAAAGGCAAGACGCCCGAAGAACUCGAGGAGGAGCGCCCCCUAGUUGUGCACUCGCGCGUCUGGUUCUGUCUCUAUCUUAUGGAGCACCAGAUGGCUUAUGGGAUGGGCCGGCCGGCAAUUCUGCGCGAGGACGAGAGCAUUCACCAGUGCCGACGUCUGCUCGAGCAUCCCUUAAGCAUCACAAGCGACGCACGACUCGUCUCAACUGUCGAGCUUACCGCCCUCCGUGCACCACUGCACAUUGAGCUCACUGCUAGCCCGGACCUCCCGAUCGAACCGAGCACACUCACUCGCCUGAAGCAAGCCAACCAUGAGUUCGACUCGUGGGAGCGCUACUGGGACCGCGUGCUGUCCGACAGGUUCGGCAAGGCGCGCGGCGACUUUUACCGCGAAAGCCUCGUGAUCCAGCGACAGUAUGCUGAGCUGUUCGUCAACUCGCAGCUGUUACGGGGCAUCCGCGAGCCUAGCGAUGUCGUGAGCAUGCCUGAAGAGAAGCGCGCGCUGGCCAUACGGGCGAUGCGGAACGCCCAGACGGUGCUCGAGGUCUGCCUCAAAGGCCAGAACUACCGCAACGGACUGCGCUACGCUGUGCACUACACGCAUGUGUGCGCUGCAUUCGCGGCGAGCUUCCUCAUCAGGAUAGCAAGACUGUUCCCACAGGAGCUGAACCUCAAGAAGACGGCCAAGGACGUCGAGGAGCUCGCCGGGAUAUUGGCAGAGAUACCGGCUGGCCGAUAUGCGCGCUCACUGCGGCUGAUUCUGCGCCGCGCGCGCCGGGCGAAGGUCAUCCCCGCCGCGUCGCAACGUACUUCGCCAACGCGCAUCCCCGCCCCGCUACCGCUCACAAACUCAACGGGUGCAGCCGCGGCCGGCGCGACUCCGGCCGGCGAGUCCCCCUUCUCCCCGACCGCGCUAGUCAACACCCCCUUCCUCGCCGUAUCGCCCAGCAACAACCUCCUACUGAACGCGACCACACAGCUGCUCGACGAGUCGCCGCAAUCGGCGCAGGAAUUGAGUGAGUUCGACCUCCUCUUCGCGCGUGAGAACCUCGAGCGCUCGGGUCUCCAGAUUGGCGAGGGAGAACAUCUCCCCCUCUUCCUCGACGGGCACAGCCUCGGCGGCAUCCAGGCCGCGGGGGACCCGACCGCGUUUCUCGGCCUCGAGCAGUUCUUCCUCCCCGCCGACGUCGACACUCGCCUCGCGGGCGGGCAGGUGCCGCAGGAAACGGGCGAUCUCUGGUGGUAGAUGCAUGCGAGCGUGCUGGUAGGGAG